AUGAGCUCAUUAUCCAAAGCUGAAAUCGAAGAUAUUCGAGAAGUUUUCGACUUAUUCGAUUUUUGGGAUGGUCGAGAUGGUAUGAUUGAUGCAGUGAAAGUUGGUGAUCUACUUCGAUGCAGUGGAAUAAAUCCGACUAUUGCAUUAACAGUAAAACAUGGAGCCACUAUAAAACAAGGAGAAAAGCAAUACAAAUUCGAUGAGUUUCUUCCUUGUUAUGAAGCUAUUCUUAAAGAGAAAGAAACUGGCACCUAUGCUGAUUAUAUGGAAGCUUUUAAAACAUUCGAUCGUGAAGGACAAGGAUUUAUUUCAGCUGCUGAAAUGAGACAUGUUUUAACAGGUUAUGGUGAACGUCUUGAAGAUCCAGAAGUGGAUGCCAUUUUGAAAUUUAUUGAUUUACGUGAAGAUCUGGACGGAAAUAUCAAAUAUGAAGAAUUAAUUAAGAAAGUUUUGGCUGGUCCUUCCAAGUAAAAGAAACAUGAGAUUAAACAUUGUCCUUGAAAAAAAGAAAUGUUUUUUUUUCUGGAGAAUCUUUUUCCAUAUUCUUUCUUUCUAUGUUGAAUCUUGAGAAAAAAGUUUUUAUUAUUAACUCGGUAAAUUAACCAUUUUUGCAGUUUUCAUAAUUCCAUGAAUUCUAAUCUAAUGAAGUUUUAUGUGAAACAAAAGUAGACCAAAUGAUGUGGCUUUCGAUUUUUUUAUCUUCUUUGCUUUUUUCUAAUUUGAUCAUAACAUCUUUACAGGCAUAUCUGUAUGCUUUUCUACCUACCUAUUCACUCUCUCACUCACUCACCAUAAUGCAUGAAUAUAUACAAUAAAUGAUUAUGUAUGUUUGUGUAAUUAAUAAUUCAGCUUUAAUUUCAAUCAGGCUCCUCAUUUACUACUUCUUAAUUCCUUAUGAAUGUUCAUUUUAACAAUAAAUUAGAUUUAUAAAAAUUUUAUCCAAUAUACAUCAUAAAAAGCAUACAUAUUCAGCUUUCUUUAUGAACAUUUAUCAAAAUCCCAUUAAAUGAAACAUUUACCCCU